UACCCAAUCGCAAGGUUACUUUGAGUUGAUUUGAGGAUGUUCUUCCCACAACUGAACUUCGAGGAUCUUCUGACUAAUCUAUGCCAAUCCUCCCUUUCCACCUUGAAGGGUCUCAUUCCUACUCGAAAAGUAUUUUGGUCUUCUUGCAGAUUUUCGUUAAACCGCUCUGGUAUGGAUUUAUUAAAUCCAUGUCCAACUCUAUAUUGUUUGAUUAAUACGAUAUUGUCCACUUUGGGCCUAAGAAACUUGUCCGCAUAGAUUUACUUUGGUUUUCAUCCCAAAAGGCCUCAUCCUAAUUAGAGUUGGACAUCUCUUUAUAUAUUAGACAUUCUUUGUCUAAACUUCCAAUGUGGAACUUGAAUUGACAUCUCUCAUACCAAACAAAAAUUGAGACAAAACUUUGGAACCAAAAGAAACCGGAUUAUACACAGGAGGGCCGCAUGUGGUUACCACCGUAAGAAGCUUGGAAGCACAUGACCGCUUCUAAAGGAGAGACAGAACAUAAACCAUCUGUCUCCAGCAUCUUAUAAUAGAAAACCCGAUGCAAAGGAGAAGAACCUCUGCUAAAACUAAACAAAAAAACCUUCAUUAAAAGCUUCUGCGAAACCGAAUCGAACGAAAUCAAAUAGUGUUGGACUACCAAAAGAGGGCUACUUACUCCAUGAAAGCAAAUAAAGAGAGAGGUAGAAGAGAACCCUCAAAUAGAUGCACCGCCGGGAGAGAGCCAACGGAGCCAGAUCCACUGUCCUCGAGUAGCUCCAGAUUCGAUAGAUGCCCAGAGAGAAGCACACCGUGAGCUCACGCUUCACUCUGCCACACCCACGCCUUCAGUACCACCAAAGCUCUGCCUCAUACCAAAUUACAUAUCUCAGAGCAGACCAAAAGACAAAGGAGAGAAGUGAGAGAUCAUCACCAGAACUACUCUUCCGAGCACCACAAUUUCCAGGGGCAAAGCUAGACAAUUUAUCUUGUGGGUGCACUGUCAUUAAUAAAACAUAAAAGGUGGAAAAGAAGAAAUCAAACCCGGAUUACUAUGGGUGCACAACCUCACUUUUUCAUCUGAACCAACAGAUUUUUUAUCUUUUGUUUAGCGAAAUUUAAACUAUAUAUAAUAAUGACAGGUAUCCAUAGUGUGUAGCAUGGUUUCGCCCCUGACAACUAGUCACCUAGAUCUCAAGCCUCGUGCAUGCAGCACCGCCAAAUAAUCGAGAAACCAUCACAACGCGUAAAAGACCUUGUCCGAAGAUAAAAAUCGUUAGGAGCAAAAUAGAUAGAGGUGAAGUGCUUUUCAUGUCGCCGUAGCCACCAAAAAGGUGAGAAUGUUUUUCUCUCUCCACUCAUUUUAUUUUUGAUUUCGUAAAGAUUUAAAAUUUAAGAAGAACAAUUAUAAAGAUGGAUGUUAAACAGAAAAAUAGAUAGUAUAGUUUAGAUAAUAUUGUUCUCGAGAAACAUUGGUUGAAUAAUGAUACUUUAUUUAGGUACUUCUGAUGGAAAUAUAUUUAAAAGUUUGGGCAUUCGCUUGAUAUACAACUUGCACCUCAUCUGAGAUAACAUAUUGAAACUGUGCAGCCAGUUUGUCAAGGUUUUCUUGCUUGAUACCCAUUUCCCCUCUUUAUUCCAUGUACCAUUCGUUUACGUAGUCACUUGUCACUAAACUUUAACGUUUCCUAUGAAUAGUCUUUUGUACGUGCCAUUAUCCUAGUAUCACAUUUUUAGUCUUCAUAAUACAAAAAUCGAAGUUUAGUUUACAAAAAAAAAAAUACUAAAAUCGAAGUGUCUAUAGAUUUUGAGUAGAGACUAUGUCAAUUAAUUACCCUAAAUUUGCGGAGUUUGGGACAUUGUUUCACUCCAAAAAAAAUAACUACUCUCCACUAACAUGAUUAUUCGUUACAUGCAUGUCUUAUAGCCUGUUGUUACAUAUAUCAUCGUCUUUGAAUGGAUUUAUCCACAUACCAGACUACCAUUCUCAUGAUCCUAUUCCCUGAUAAAUAAAUGUUCACAAAACGAAGUGAAAAACUUUUGUUUAGCAGCACAUAAAGUGCGGAAUUUGUCUUUACAAAAGUGAUAAACUAGAAUUUCGUCGCUUGGUGAUAAUCAGAAGCCUUACGUACAAAAUAGGAAGGAACAUGUUCUUAGUUAAAAAAAAGUCAUUCAAAUAUAGAAAUAACUAAUAUUAUAUAGAAGUUUAUUCUAGAUUAUAAGAGGAUUCUCUGGUCUGUUUUAUUUUCACACGUGUGUACAAAAGUAUAACCUUUGUCUUUCUUUCCAUUCAUUUAUACACUAAUUCAUAAUUAUAGAUAUAAAAUAUGUACAAUUUGUAUUUGGAUAGGUACCUUAAAUCCGAUUUUUUAAACUCAGUGUUCUAAAAAUCGUUUAUGCAGAAAAUUGGCAUAACAGAAAUGAUGUCUAGACAAUUUUUAAGGAAAAAUUGGUAUAAACAUUCAAAAAUCGGUCUAUAUGUCUUUCUAAUCAAUAAUAUCCUAUAAAGUGCUUAAUUAUUGCAAUGUGUCUAGUGAGAAGUUCAUAGAGAGUUUUUUGAGAUUAGAAGAAAAAAAAAAGAUAUGAUAGAGAGAAGACAUAAGGUUCUAAAAUAGAACAUUAAAAACCCCACUGAACCCCCACCCCAAAUAAGGCAAAAGUCUUCUCCUUGUUGUUUUAUUUUUUAAUUAAAAAUAUUAAGACAAAAAUAUUUAGGAUUGGAGGUAUACGUGAUGAAAGAAAUAACUGGAGAAUGAAUGAUAGGUGUUUAUUUGGGGGAUGAAAAGCUAAAUUGUCUUCCUACAAAAACUCUUUAAGGAUCCUAAGGAAUACAAAACAAACAAAAACAAAAUUCUGAAAAACUCUCUGACGCUUAAAUUAAAAUCGUUGUAAAUUUGUAAUGAGAGUUAAAUAUUCAAAAAAUGAGUAGAAUUGAAUGUGGAAAUUCCUCUGUGGGUAAGAACUACUAACUCCGCUAGUUAGUGCUUUAACCAUUAUGAAGGUUUGUUGAAAUAUGAAAAGAGAGGAGUUGGAACUCUCUUUUCCCUCUCAUUCCCGUUUUCAUCUUUUUCAUUUCUUUUUAUUUAUAGGGAAGAGCUGUGAUUCGCACUCCAAGAGUUGAUUUUACCCUCAUGGUUUUCCUUUUACUCGUGCAACAUAGGCUGCAUGAGACUGUCUUUUUGUGUCAAUCUUUCCUUAGAGAUUAAACAAUCUGUGAAUGGGACCUCGUUUUGGCCACACAUCAAAUCCACACAAAAUAUGGUUCCGCGAGAUAAAGUGUAGUUUGCUGUCCGUUCCUCCAUAAAAGCUCCUGACGCGUAAGUGUUAGGCCACCUAAGUUAGAAACAAAAAUAUGGACCACAAUUUUGAAAAUUAUAUGUAAUUAAGAUGGUUAAGUUAGAAAAGAAAACAAUGUAUUGUUUGUGAAUUUUGUUUUAAUGAAGAAUUUUCCUUCUGAUUUAAAAGUUUAAAAAAAACUUUUAGUUUUGAUGUUUAAAACUUUUAGUUUUGAUGUAGUUCUACAAUUGUAAUGGCACAUUUAUUUUUAAAAGCUUUAGGCCUCCUAAUUUGGGACAGUAUGCGUAAGGAGAGAGGACUGGUUUAUAACCGCGAGAAAUGACAUGAUCAUUUCCAAACUAUUUCCAAAUUAUUUUCAAAAAAAAUAAAUAAGAAUGAUCAUUUCCAAACGCCAAAUAAUAGUGAAGUGGAUAAGUGGAGGAGAUACUACUGUAGGAGGAGAAACAAAUUUCUGUUUUGUCCAAAGCUAAUGGAAGGUAUAUCAUGUAGUCAGUAUGGUGGUCCUAGGCUUGGUACCAGUCACUUGUUCAUUGACGAUAAUAAUAUAGUUUAUGCGAGCUUUCUUAAGAUUUAACUUCACGUUCAGGAAUCAUAUACGGAUCCGACAUGUGAACAUAAUGUAUGUUGUAUUUGUCAGUGUGAAUUUUCCCUUCUAUAAAUAAAAAAACAUCGAUUUUUGGUGCCUGCUUGUUGAAGCAUUAUCGGCGUCGUGAGCGAUAAUGCAAACCAUAUCUGAAAUAGUGGGUAAUAAAAAAACAGGGGCAUUCCGAGAAUUGAACUCGGGACCUCUCGCACCCUAAGCGAGAAUCAUACCACUAGACCAAAUGCCCUUUUUGAUAGGUAGCUCAUCUAAUUUUAAAUAGCAUUCCGUACGUAUGUUAUAUCUGACUAUGUGACCUCCUAAAGUUUCAGGGAAGAAAAGUCUUUAUCAUUUCAAACACAAAAACACAAUAACUAGUUUGGUAAAGACAGUUCAUGGACAGUGAUCGACUGGUACAGAUUCUUAGCCUUUUCAUACACUACCGAAUGGGAUAGUUACUCUAAAGCUGGAGUAUGAGAGGUUGGUAGUACUGUUAUCCAAUAAGAGAUUGCUAUAUAUUUUUUUGUCAAACAAAGCUUUUUGUCUUGUCUCAGACUCUAAUGCAUGUCUCCUUCUGAAUUGUGUACCUUGUCUCGGAGACUCGGACGCGGUUAACUAUUCCAUUCGGUUAAGUAAUUAUUUCAUUCGCCAACUCCAAAGAAAUAAUAAUACCAAACCAGAUGAACCGGUAAUAACUACUUUCCCAAAUCUUAACCGCCGCUGCAUCAAAAUUCAAAAGUACAUAGUGUUGACGCACGGACAUCUCGUGUCUCUUCGACAUAAAUUAUUGUCUGAACUUCUUCCAUUCACCAAUGACGAAAGAGAAGAAAAAGGAUAAUGUCAGAUAUAUGGAUGUCGAGUUCAACAUAUCGAUGCAUUGCAACGAAUGCGAGAGAAAAAUCGCCAGAGUUAUCUCUAAAUUCAAAGGAGUUGAAACAUUUACGACGGAUAUGAAUGGUCACAAGGUUGUGGUCACGGGAAGGCUUGAUCCUAAGAAGUUGUUGAAGAAACUCAAGAAGAAGACGGGCAAGAGAGUGAAGAUUGUAGCGAAGGAUGAUAAAGAUGACGAAUCUAGUAAGUACGCCGUGGACGAAAACGUUCUCGUGAUUGAUAUGGAACUGAUCGGUUUAGGAGAUGAGCCGGUCCUUGGGUAUAAUGAUAGGGAGUUAGAGAAGUUUAUGUGGUUUAGCGAUGAGAAUCCAAAAUCCAUAUGUUGUAUCUCUUAACGUAGUUGAAACUAUAAAUAAUUACACACAAAAACAUUCUUAGAAUAUGGAACGAAUUGGUUUGGAGAAAGUGUAAUAAGUUCUUUUCGUUAACUUCUUUGUUGGGAUGUUACAAACCGGUUGAGUCAAAA